AUGGGAAACCAUAAGUUGGUUCUACCAAUCUUAGUGCUUCUCAACUUGGGGACACUGCAUAUUUCUCUAGCAUGUCCUUACUGCCCAUACCCAACUCCUCCUUCCCAUCCACCCAAAUUUCCACCAAAACACCCCCCAAUUGUAAAGCCACCACAAACUCCACACUAUCCCUCACCCAAGCCUCCGGUCGUGAAGCCGCCGCCAUACGUGCACAAACCUCCUAUUGUAAAGCCGCCACCGAAACCUCCCGUAGUUAAGCCACCUUUCACUCCCAAGCCCCCCAUUGUGCAUCCUCCAUUCCACCCCAAGCCUCCAGUUGUACAUCCUCCAUUUCACCCCAAGCCUCCAGUUGUGCAUCCUCCAUUCCACCCCAAGCCUCCGGCCGUAAAGCCGCCACCGAAACCUCCCGUAGUUAAGCCUCCAGUUGUGCAUCCGCCAUUUCACCCCAAGCCUCCAGUUGUGCAUCCUCCAUUCCACCCCAAGCCUCCGGUCGUAAAGCCGCCGCCAUACGUGCCCAAACCUCCUAUUGUAAAGCCGCCACCGAAACCUCCGGUAGUUAAGCCUCCCAUUGUGCAUCCUCCAUUCCACCCCAAGCCUCCUAUAGUACAUCCUCCAUUCCUUCCCAACCCUCCAAUCGUGCAUCCUCCAUUCUUUCCCAACCCUCCCAUUGUGCACCCACCAUACAAACCCACACCUACACCUCCUCUAUUGCCACCACCCUAUGUGCCAAAUCCACCCAUCAUCAAACCACCACUUCCACCAAUAGUCACGAAACCUCCACCCGUCCCCGUAAAACCACCUUCGCCAUCAAACCCACCAUACAAUCCCACACCACCCUAUGUGCCAAAUCCACCCACCAUCACACCACCACUUCCACCAAUAGUCACGAUACCACCACCCGUCCCAGUAAAGCCACCGGCGCCACCAACUGAAACGCCAUGUCCACCACCACCACCACCACCACCACUGUGUCCUCCGCCAUCACCUGCACAGCAAACUUGCCCCAUUGAUACCCUAAAACUGGGUGCAUGUGUGGACUUGUUAGGAGGUCUUAUACACAUUGGAAUUGGCAGCAGUGCUAAGGACACUUGUUGUCCUUUGACUGUGGCAAAACUCCACCCCCUGGUUUCCAGUGCCCUGCCUAAGAGUAUCACGGAUCAUAGCCGAGCAGGAAAUAAGAGCAUCCACGGUUGUUGA